AUGCAGCAGCUGUCAUUCGCUAUCGCGAACGUGAUAUUCCUCGAGGCGCCGGCAGGUGCCGGUUACUCGUACGACCCCACCGGGAACAACGCUACUGACGACUACAAGACCACCGAAGACAGCUACCAGGCAAUACUGGAUUUCUUUUUCAAGUUCCCGCAGUUCAGAGAGAAUGAGUUUUACGUGACGGGUGAGAGCUACGCCGGCGUCUACGUUCCUCUCCUAACACAACGCCUACUCCUCUCGAAUCCACCAGGAAUAAACCUGAAGGGUUACGCCAUCGGAAACGGAGCGGUGGAUUUCGAACUCUACGGCAAGGCGAUCCUCUUCUUCGCCUACUACCACGGCCUCUUGGGAGAUGACCUCUGGAACGAGAUCACGUCCAACUGCUGCAACGGCACUGUUUCGAAGGAGACAUGUGACUUCUCGUGGCACACCCACGAGCCUUCCUGUGUUGACCCGGUGAACAUUGCGUACGACAUUGUUCUCAAGAGUGGCUUGAACGUGUACAACCUGUACGUGCCAUGCGACAUUAUAAAACAACCGCGGGAGCUUCUGUCGAGGCGUCACCCGGAGGUGACAAGUCAGUACGCAACGAAGCAGCUCCUGACCAAGAUGCUUGGCAUGCCAACAUCGAACUUAUUCGAGACCCCGAAUUGCUACAACCAGGACAACUUGUUUCUGUACUACAAUAGACGUGACGUCAUCGAAGCUUUGCACGUCGAACAGUCUCCACAUAUGUGGGUGCCGUGCUCAAAAACCCUAAACUACACCCAGCAGCACCUGACUAUGCGGGAAGUGGUCCAACAACUGGCCGAAUCUGGGCGCCUGAGAGGUCUCAUUUAUCACGGUGACGUGGACAUGGCAUGUCCGUUUCUCGGAGGCGAAUGGUUCGUUCGCAGCUUGGGAUACGAGCCCACAUCGCAAUACAAGAUGUGGUACGUUGGACCCGAUAUCGCUGGUUUCGUGCAGACCUUCAGCAAGGACAUCACUUUCGUCACCGUGAAGGGUGCCGGCCACAUGGUUCCCAUGGACAAGUCUGAAGAAUCUCUGAAGAUGAUAUCCAACUUUCUUUCAGGAAGCUCGUUUGAAUGAAAAUAAAGAUAACUUUCAAUCGCAACAAUCGAUAAAGAAGCAGCGCAAUAAAAAGCAUGCGCUACGCUUAAUUCAGACGUUAACUUCCGAAAUAAUUUUCGGUGCCUACGCAAUGAUCACUACGCAACUUCGUUCUGUCAGUUUUUUAAUAGGGAAAGAACUAAAGACUACUGGUAACAAGGACCAAAAGAAAGCGGUAGUUUUGAUGUUGUUUUUUUUGUGGCGACGAAGGUGUUGCUACUGGCUGGGUUAGCCUGACAGACUCAGCCGGCAAUUGUUCGGCACGAUCUCUUUCCACGUCAAAUGUGUCAUCAUACCACGAUCAGUCCAGUAAUUUUCAGAAAUGUGAAAAAAAAAAUGCGCGAUGCUUCCUUGGGCACUAUUCGUUUACACGUUGGUCAGGAAACCAUCUUCUCAGGCUACGCAGAAGCUUUUUCAUUUCAAAAUAGAAGCGCUAGCAAAACCAGAUGAAGUGCUCUACGUCACCCGCUUCGUUGCACUCGGUACAGCACGGCCGACCCUAAACGCCCGUGCACGAGUGUAGGCCACUUCUG